AUGAUUGAGGCCAGCGUGUGGGGCCGGUCCACCGCUGCCCGGUCUAAGCGUCAGAGACCUCCUUCCAAAGGUGGACCCUGUGGGACUCCAGGUCCAAGCCUCAGAGACCUCCUUCCAAAGGUGGACCCUGUGGGACUCCAGGUCCAAGCCUCAGAGACCUCCUUCCAAAGGUGGACCCUGUGGGACUCCAGGUCCAAGCCUCAAAGACCUCCUUCCAAAGGUGGACCCUGUGGGACUCCAGGUCCAAGCCUCAGAGACCUCCUUCCAAAGGUGGACUCCUCUGGGAGUCCAGGUCCAAGCCUCAGAGACCUCCUUCCAAAGGUGGACCCUGUGGGACUCCAGGUCCAAGCCUCAGAGACCUCCUUCCAAAGGUGGACUCCUCUGGGAGUCCAGGUCCAAGCCUCAGAGACCUCCUUCCAAAGGUGGAUCCUGUGGGACUCCAGGUCCAAGCCUCAGAGACCUCCUUCCAAAUCGCACUAA